UAUUGAUCUGAAUAUGACAGAUUGAGAUAAUUGAACAUAACCUCAAAUUGUCCAAAUCAAUUAUUUAAAUAUUUGAUUAGAUAAUUACAAAUAAUGGAGUUAAAUUCGGACAAAAUCCCUUCAAAUCAAGAAAUAAUUGAAGAUCUAACUCGAGAUUUACAAUCUCAACAAUUGAAUGAAAACCCUCCCGAUCAUGACAUUGCAGCAAGUGAUAGUGAUGAAGAAUCUACAAAUAAAAUCGAAUCAAAAGUUUGCCACGAUUUAAUCGACGAGGAAGAAUUAAGGAAAAUUAAUGACAGUCUUUCACCCGAAGAGAAAAACGAAAGACUUUUCAGAGCCAACGAUCUAAAGAAAAAGGGAAAUGAUUUAUUUAAAAAUUGCCAGUAUUUAGACUCAAUCAAAGUGUACACUGAUGCAUUAAAAUUAUAUCCUUUGGAACAUGCUUCCGAACGUUCCAUUGUUUAUGCUAACAGGGCAGCUUCAAAACUUCACAUAAACUGCAAAGAAAGUGCUGUGGACGACUGUACAAAGUCGAUCGAAUUAAAUCCAAAUUAUGUUCGAGCAAUUUUAAGACGUGCAAAAUUAUAUGAAGAACGAGAAAAAUUGGACGAGAGCUUGGAAGAUUAUAAAAAAAUAUUGGAGCUAGAUCCUGGGAAUAAGGAGGCGAUUAUGGCAUGUCAGCGCUUACCACCGAUCAUUAACGAACGAAAUGAGAAAAUGAAGUCGGAAAUGUUGGGUAAAUUAAAAGAUCUAGGAAAUAUGGUUUUAAAACCGUUCGGUUUGUCCACCAACAAUUUCAAAUUGCAACAGGAUCCUUCAACAGGCUCAUAUUCCAUCAAUUUCCAACAAAAUACUUAGUUUUCCAAUAAUGACUUUAUUUAUAAUUAAACACAUUUUUGUUACACAAUUAAUAAAAAUAGCGUGGAAGUUGUUGCUUAUUA